AUGGCGCAGCCUAGGUCUUCCAAGGCUUCGUCUUCCAAAGCAAGUGGUAAUGAAAUCGACCACACCGACUUAUUGAUCAGCGACAUAGGCAACCUCUAUCAAAGCGGCAGACAUUAUGAAAACAAGGAGCUCGAAGUCGAAUUACUCAAAUUUAUCGACGACAACGCUGUGGAAGUUUUGAGAUCCUAUGAAUUUAUGGAUUUGUCAUCUGAAGUUCUUCAAGAAAUUCUCGAUCGUGACUCGUUUUAUGCUCACGAAUUGGAUAUAUUUCGUGCGGUUUGUCGCUGGGUCAAUAAAAAUCAAAACGAAGUGGAACGUGACACUAAUAUCAAAGUCUUAUCGGCCGUCAGGUAUCCGAUAAUGAGUGCUGAAGAACAGUCUCAAGCUAGGGAAUCACAACUGGUUAGAUCGGAUUUAAUUUCAGCUGCCAUGCAAUUAAGAAGAAACACGUGGCCACAAGAUAAGCCUCAAAUUCGGGGACAGCUAAAACUCAAUGUGCAUAUUCUUUGUGAGUAUCAUAGUUGUCCACUUCCCGAUUUGAAUGUCAUUCAUCAGUCUCAGGGUUUUUCGCUUUCAAAUAACGACUUCGGUACUAAUAUGAUAAAGUUGGUUACUCCGUCAUUUGUAAACUUUUUGGAAAUAUCGUUGUACAACGCACGGUUCACUGACUUACAUAAGCGUUACUCUUAUUACAUUGAAGUUUCAAACGAUGGGCAAGAUUGGGUGCGUGUUGUUGAUCAUUCAAAUUAUAAUUGUCAAGGAGUUCAAGAAUUGUGGUUUCACCCACAAACGGUAUCAGACUCAACUGAGUCUGAUGAACUGAUGUCAGUACUGACAAGCAUAAACGAGGAGGAGGUAAAUACCAAAAAUAAAAAUGUGUCGUUUGUUGAGAUACUAUGGGAAUACGACCCUAGAAUGUACUUCUAUUAA